AUGAGCACAAAAACAAUGAUUGGUAUUGCAACGGCAAGUUGCGCCUGCAUCAUUGUCACAUCACUGAUCGCCGUUUGUGUAUUAUUCAACGAAAUAAACAACUUACAUGACGAUGUUAUGGAUGAAAUGGGCAUAUUCAGAACAGUUGCAGAUGAUACUUGGGAGAGAAUAGUAAUGCUGCACUCUGGCCCAGAUGGUCGUCGCUAUGAGACAUUCACUUCCUUGAUUAAUCGAUACAAACGGCAACAGUUCAUUCCACCACCACACUGUCAAUGUCAGGCACCAGAAUUAUGUCCACCAGGUCCACCAGGACCACCAGGUGACAAAGGUUUAAGAGGUAAUGAUGGACCGAUGGGUAGAGAUGGUAGAGAUGGUGCUAAUGGUGUAUCACUAUUAGCAACAUAUCACUUUCCUGGUGGUUGCAUAGAAUGCCCACCAGGACGACCAGGACCACCAGGGCCAGAUGGUCUAGAAGGAGAUUACGGAGAAACAGGACGUCGUGGAUCACUUGGAAUACCGGGUAAGAAUGGACAACAAGGACCACCUGGACCACCUGGUGAAAUGGGCGAACCAGGACCAACUGGAGAGCCUGGAAUGCCAGGACCACCAGGAAGGGAUGGAAAACGAGGAAUCGGACCACAAGGACCGAAAGGACCGACUGGAUCACGUGGACCACCUGGUCAGCCGGGACCAGACGGAGCAAAGGGUGACGAUGGUGAAAUAGGAGAGCAGGGCACAGAAGGACGACCAGGAAAUGAUGGUAGGAAGGGCAAUGAUGGACGUCCUGGAGCGCCUGGUAGUCCAGGUUUACCCGGACCAGAUGCUCAUUACUGCCCAUGUCCACGACGAAGUUCAGCGUACCUGACGAAGAUACACUGA